AUGUCUCCGACUGCGAUUCGCGACGUGAGCAGUCCGUCGAGCGACAACACGCCUUCCGACUCCCAGUCGACGGGAUCGCCAAUCUCUACCACGUUAUCAACAGAUCAGUUCCUCAGCGAUACAGAGUCACAGGGAAAUUUUCCACCCAUUGCCAUCGUCGGCAUAGGUUUGCGGUUACCGGGAGGUGUCAAAACAACAGAAGAGUUCUGGAGCUCGCUGCUCAACAGACAAUCGUUCCGAAGUGAAGUCCCUCGCAGCCGAUACAACGUCGACGCAUUUUACAGCACAAGCGGCCGACCAGGAACGGUCAAGAGCCGCCAUGGCUACUUUCUCGAAGAUGACCUUUCCAGCAUGGACGCAGCAUUUUUCUCCAUGAGCAAAGCCGAGGUCGAGCGACUUGACCCGCAACAACGAUUGCUCUUGGAGGUCGUGUGGGAGUGCAUGGAGAGCGCCGGUCAACGGGACUGGCGUGGUCGCAAUAUCGGCUGUUAUGUAGGCGUCUUUGGCGAGGACUGGCUUGACCUCAAUGCCAAAGACCCUCAACACACCGGCAUGUACCGAAUCACGGGCACCGCUGAUUUUGCCCUUGCCAACCGCGUGUCCUACGAGUUCGACAUGAAAGGUCCGAGUAUGACGAUAGAAACAGGUUGUUCAUCGUCAUUUGUCGGGCUUCAUGAGGCCUGCGCUGCUAUACACGCCGGCGUGUGCGAAUCAGCCAUCGUUGCCGGAACGAAUCUCCUCCUCUCGCCCACAAUGACGCUCGCGCUGAGCGAGCAGGGGGUGCUGUCCCCAAGCGGCAUGUGCCAAUCCUUUGAUGCAAAGGCAGACGGGUAUGUCCGUGGCGAGGCUGUGAAUGCCGUGUUUGUCAAAAAGCUAGACGACGCCAUUCGCGACGGUGACCCUAUACGCGCCAUCAUUAGGGGCACGGCGACCAACUUCGAUGGCAAGACGGCCGGUAUUUCCAAUCCGAGCUCAGAAAGCCACGAGGCUUUAAUUAGACAAGCAUACGCGGCAGCCGGGAUAGAAGACUUCACAUCUACCGCAUUUGUCGAAUGUCACGGGACGGGCACUCGUACAGGCGAUCCGAUAGAGACCACAGCAGUCGGUAGGGUGUUUGGAAAGAGUGGUGUUUACAUUGGCUCAGUCAAGCCCAAUUCCUAG